AUGAAACUCUCUGAAGCAGACACAAUUGCUACUGUUACCCGUAUAACGGCCGAGAAUAUCUUGAAGCAGUAUCGCAGACUCCUCGCGCUCCGCUUUCCUGCCGGCCAGGACGUCGACGAACUCUUCAUCAGUGGCCCGAGUGCGCGCAACGCGAACAUCAUAGACUACCUCGAAGCGGAGCUCCCCGAGAGAGUGAUCACAAAGCCAUUCGACGAUAUAGGCAUACCAGGCGAUGCGAACGAGGCCUUCUACGGAAUUAUCGCGGCCUUGGAGCCAGUCGGGUCAUGA